ACAAGGAGGAAUGUCUCGCAAUGGACCUGGUCUUUACGAGUUUCUUAUGGAAGCUGAGUUGCAACAGUAUUAUCCCGGUAUUCGAGGGGACUUGAAGGUGCAAACAACAGCGCAAUUGAAAUAUGUGACAGAAGAAGAUUUGAGUGCGAUAGGAAUGAGCAAGCCAGAGAUACGUCGUCUAAAGAAAUACUUUCAGAAACAUUUUCCUCAAAAUUAUUUAUCCAAAUUUAAGAAAAUGCUACUACCAAAACGCGAAGAACAGCCUUCUGAUGUUGUGGGUAUGCUACCAGAAGAAAGACAUAACAAACCAUCAGUAAUACGUGUUCCUAAUAAACACAUGAUUCCGGCUGAUGCAAUUAUUGUAAAUAAAGAACUUGGGACUGGUGAAUUUGGAGUCGUACAGCAAGGAGUAUGGACUAAUGAUGGUGAAAGAAUACAAGUUGCCAUUAAAUGUCUGUCACGCGAGAGGAUGCAGAACAAUCCCAUAGAAUUUUUAAAGGAGGCCGCGAUAAUGCACGCAAUUGAUCAUGAGCAUAUUGUGAGACUAUAUGGCGUCGUGCUCGAUACGAACUCGCUGAUGCUUGUUACAGAAUUGGCUCCACUGCGCUCAUUACUAGAAUGCCUUAAGGAACCCAGUUUGCGCGCAAGUUUUCCUGUCUUAUCGCUGUGUGAUUUCGCUGUGCAAAUUGCUGACGGAAUGCAAUAUCUGGAAGCGAAAAGAUUGAUACAUCGUGAUCUUGCUGCCAGAAACAUCCUUGUGUUUUCCAAGAAUAAGGUAAAAAUAUCGGAUUUCGGAUUAUCACGCGCUUUAGGGGUGGGUAAAGAUUAUUAUCAAACGAAUUUCAAUGUUAAUUUGAAACUGCCUAUUGCGUGGUGCGCACCUGAAUGCAUAUCAUAUUUGAAGUUUACGUCAGCGAGUGACGUUUGGGCAUAUGGAGUAACAUUAUAUGAGAUGUUUAGUUACGGAUUUCAGCCUUGGGCAGCACUGACCGGCCAUCAAAUUCUUGAAGCAAUAGACGAACCUAAUUUUCAAAGAUUAGAACAACCUGAGUGCUGUCCAAAAGAUUAUUUUACUUUGAUGCAACAAUGUUGGCAACAUGAACCCUCAAAGAGGCCCAAAUUCUCCGAAUUGAUUAAUGUACUACCCGAUCUGAAACCUGAGCAAGUGCAAGCAGUUCAAGAUAGCAUCGAGCCAGGUCAACUCGUUUACAGACAGAGUGAUAUAAUCACAGUUUUGGACAAAGGUAGCAGUAAUACUUUGUGGAAAGGCGUCCUAAAUAAUGGCAAAACAGGAUUCUUCAAUCCGGCUUACACAAUCGCAUAUCUUGGAUCCAAUCUACCUAGUAAUAAACUCGGCGAAUUUACACGGGGAGAUGGUAAAAAUGCUUUCUCUUCACAACGUAGAAAAAUUCGAACGGAUAUGAUAUCUUCUCCACAAGGCGAUCUCAAGCAUACUGGUCACGUAGGUUUAGAUGGAGCAUAUUUUGGUGACAUUAGCUUUCUUGGAAAGUAUCCGCAUUUGCCUCGUCAAGUUGUGACGCCGUACAAACCGCAAGAGGAUGCAACCGAUAAUUUUAGUAAAAUUUCAACUCAGAAUGCAAGAAGCAUAGACAUAAAUAGGGAAUCGAUAAGAGAAAAUAGAAGCAUACAACAAGAAACUGAAAGUAAACAUG